UACCGACUGCGCGCUGCGCGUAUUUGGUUAAAGCCCGACUACCUUCACUGUGAAGGCUGGGCGCUGGGAAGGAGGACCGGGGCCUCGUUGCGGCAGAGAGAAGAGGCUUCAACUCCUCACAUAUGGCUUUUUUGUAGGACCGUUUUCCUUCAUCGCUUGGGAUUGUGGAAGGGACGUCGCUGAAUAAAACCACCUGAAGCCGCCCAGAAGUUUUGGUACACUUGUGGGCGCCCGGCACGAUGGAGAUGCAAAGGUGGUCCACAAGGUGGAAAACGAAACGGUGGCUUAUGGAUUCCUCUGUAACAGCAUUCAUCACUUUAACCCUGGUCCUGCAGGCUGCUAGUGUCAGAGCAGCAGACCCAGUGGAUGUCCUAAAAGUAUUAGCAUUUCAAAAUUACCCCGAAGGAGUGACGAGAACGCCCGGUCUCUGUGCACACCGAAGAGCGUCCGACCCAGACUCAGCGUACAGGGUGUCCAAGCAGGUCCAGAUCAGCGCCCCCACCACGCAGCUGUUCCCCGGUGGUGUUUUUCCUGAGGACUUCUCCAUCCUGACCACAGUGCGCCCCAAGUCUGGCCUCCAGUCCUUCCUACUGUCCAUUUACAACGAGCAGGGCGUCCAGCAGCUGGGCGUGGAGGUGGGACGCUCGCCCGUCUUCCUGUAUGAGGAUCAGACUGGGAGGCCGGCCCCGGAGGACUACCCCCUGUUCCGCUCGCUCAACCUGGCCGAUGGAAAGUGGCACCGCGUCGCCGUCAGCGUGGAGCAGAAGACCGUCACCGUCAUCGUAGACUGCAAGAAGAAGAUCACCAAGCCUCUGCUGCGGAGCGAGCGCGCCUCCAUCAGCACCGACGGCAUCACCGUGUUCGGCACCAGGAUCCUGGACGAGGAGGUUUUCCAGGGCGACAUCCAGCAGCUCCUCAUCGUGGCCGACCCCAAAGCGGCCUACGACUACUGCGAGCACUACAGCCCCGACUGCGACACCCCCCACAGCCAGUCGCUGCAGGCCCAGGAGCCGGCGGAGGAGAGAAAGAAACGUAGUGUCUCCGUGAAAACGAAGAGGACCAGAAAGUCCCUCAGUAAAAGUCAGACCAGGCCCUUUAAGCUCUUGGCUGCCAAAAAAUCGCCAGCUAAAAAGUUUGUGCCUAAGAAGAAGCGGCAGACGCCUGGCUACCAGGCCACAGCGCCGGCACGACCCCGAGGCGAUUUUAGGCUAAACAAUGUAGGAGAUUACAAUACAGACACUGACUACGGAACUGUAGAUGAUACUCAGUCUCAGUCCUCCUUUCCCACCAGUGGACCCGGCCAGGCUGUGGAGGAGGAAGUUGUUGGUGGCUUUGUCACCGAGGCGCCCGCCGUGGCUCCGGAGCCCACCGCUGUGCCGCAGACGCCGGGCGGCCCGGACGCCGGCGCCGAGGCGUACGACUUUAAGGAGUAUGACCUAAAGGAGUACGACCUGGGCGAGGUGGACGGCAGGUUGUAUGAUUACGGGGCGUACGAUGAGUACGGCACGGCGCCGCCCAGACCCGGGGCGGCCUACGAGGAUGAGGUGGGGCCCGGGGUGGCGGCCGAGACCGACGUGUCCGAGAGUACCGUCGCCGGCGCCGCCGGAGUCUUCGGCCAGAAGGGAGAGAAAGGCGAGCCGGCCGUGAUCGAGCCUGGGAUGCUGAUUGAAGGACCCCCAGGCCCCCCCGGUCCUGCUGGUCUUCCGGGACCUUCAGGUCUACUGGGACCCCCAGGCCCUUCUGGAGAUCCUGGUGACAGGGGUCCUCCCGGCCGCCCUGGUCUGCCCGGUGCUGACGGUUUGCCGGGACCUCCUGGUACCAUGUUGAUGCUGCCUUUCCGCUUCGGAGGCGACGGUGAGAAGGGUCCGGUGGUGUCGGCGCAGGAGGCCCAGGCUCAGGCCAUCCUCUCCCAGGCCAGACUGGCGAUGAGGGGACCGCCGGGGCCCAUGGGCCUGACGGGACGAUCGGGGCCAGUGGGCCCUCCGGGCGCCGGUGGGCUGAAGGGUGAGGGCGGAGACCCCGGUCCUCAGGGUCCGCGUGGCAUCCAGGGGCCUCCAGGUCAGCCUGGCAAGGCUGGCAAGAGGGGUCGCGCCGGAGCCGACGGCGCCCGCGGGAUGCCCGGAGAGCCCGGCUCCAAGGGUGACCGAGGCUUCGACGGGCUUCCCGGGCUGCCCGGCGAAAAGGGACACAGGGGCGAGCCGGGGCCGAUGGGACCAGCGGGCGCCCCCGGAGAGGACGGACAGAGAGGCGAGGAUGGAGAGAUUGGACCCCGAGGACUGGCUGGAGAGAGUGGCCCUCGAGGUCUGCUGGGGCCCCGUGGUCCUCCAGGCCCCCCGGGAUCCCCGGGCGUCGCUGGAGUCGACGGCCCUCCAGGUCCCAAAGGAAACAUGGGUCCUCAAGGAGAGCCAGGCCCCCCAGGUCAGCAGGGCAUCCCGGGAACACAGGGUCUUCCUGGUCCUCAAGGUCCCAUUGGUCCGCCCGGAGAAAAAGGACCGCAGGGCAGGUCAGGGCUGCCUGGACUUCCUGGAGCUGAUGGGCCUCCUGGCCAUCCUGGUAAGGAGGGUCCACCCGGAGAGAAGGGAGCACAGGGUCCUUCGGGUCCGCAGGGUCCUAUUGGCUAUCCUGGACCCCGCGGUGUCAAGGGAGCUGAUGGCGUCCGAGGACUGAAGGGCUCGAAGGGAGAGAAGGGUGAAGACGGCUUCCCGGGCUUCAAGGGGGACAUGGGGAUCAAAGGAGACCGGGGGGAGCUCGGCAUGCUGGGGCCUCGAGGAGAGGACGGCCCCGAGGGGCCCAAAGGCCGAGCCGGCCCCACGGGGGAGUCCGGACCCCUCGGUCCAGCCGGAGAAAAGGGUAAACUGGGCGUCCCCGGAUUGCCGGGUUAUCCUGGAAGACAGGGGCCAAAGGGCUCCAGCGGCUUCCCCGGGUUUCCCGGAGCCAACGGCGAGAAGGGAGCCAGGGGCAUCGCCGGGAAGCCCGGUCCCAGAGGUCAGAGAGGCCCCACAGGUCCUCGUGGGGCUCGAGGAGCUCGAGGACCAACGGGGAAACCGGGUCCAAAGGGCACCUCGGGCAAUGACGGCCCUCCAGGCCCCCCCGGGGAGAGGGGACCUCAAGGACCACAGGGGCCAGUGGGUUUCCCCGGACCGAAGGGCCCCCCAGGGCCGCCUGGAAAGGACGGACUUCCCGGACACCCCGGUCAGCGUGGAGAGACGGGUUUCCAAGGAAAAACGGGUCCACCAGGCCCGGGAGGUGUUGUCGGGCCCCAGGGACCCACCGGAGAGACCGGUCCCGUUGGUGAGCGAGGCCACCCUGGACCUCCCGGCCCCCCCGGAGAGCAGGGUCUUCCAGGCGCCGCCGGCAAAGAGGGAGCCAAGGGCGACCCCGGACCUCAGGGAUCCUCCGGUAAGGACGGUCCGCCCGGCCUCCGCGGCUUCCCCGGAGAGCGAGGUCUACCCGGUGCCACGGGCCCCGCGGGUCUGAAGGGAGGAGAGGGGCCCCAGGGGCCGCCUGGGCCUGUUGGUUCUCCGGGUGAACGAGGUCCUGCCGGUCCAGCUGGUCCCAUCGGCCUGUCGGGCAGACCGGGCCCGCAGGGCCCCCCAGGCCCCGCCGGAGAGAAGGGCGCCCCUGGUGAGAAAGGGCCUCAAGGUCCUGCCGGCCGCGACGGCGUCCAGGGUCCCGUCGGUCUGCCCGGACCCGCCGGGCCCCAGGGACCGCCUGGAGAGGACGGUGACAAGGGAGAGGUUGGAGAGCCCGGUCAGAAAGGAAGCAAAGCUGACAAAGGAGAGCAGGGGCCUCCUGGUCCCGCCGGGCUUCAGGGUCCCAUCGGCGCCCCGGGUCCUGCUGGAGCUGAUGGAGAGCCUGGUCCCCGAGGUCAGCAGGGGAUGUUUGGACAGAAGGGAGACGAAGGGUCCCGAGGCUUCCCUGGACCCCCUGGUCCCAUCGGCCUGCAGGGGCUUCCUGGACCUCCAGGUGAGAAGGGGGAGAACGGAGACGUCGGGCCGAUGGGUCCUCCUGGUCCGCCUGGUCCCAGAGGUCCUCAGGGUCCCAGCGGCGCCGAUGGUCCGCAAGGUCCUCCUGGAGGGGUGGGCCCCAUGGGGUCCGUGGGCGAGAAGGGCGAGCAAGGUGAGGCCGGGAACCCGGGACCGCCUGGAGAGCCUGGCACUGGGGGGCCCAAAGGUGAGCGAGGAGAGAAGGGAGAAGCCGGCCCGCCGGGAGCCGCCGGCCCCGCCGGUGCCAAAGGACCCCCCGGAGAUGACGGUCCGAAGGGCAACCCUGGUCCCGUCGGAUUCCCUGGAGACCCCGGCCCCCCCGGAGAGCCGGGUGUUGCUGGCACGGACGGCGAGGCGGGGGAGAAGGGGGAGGACGGUGAAGCCGGACAGCCGGGACCUCCAGGCCCGUCGGGAGAAGCCGGACCGCCUGGACCGCCUGGGAAGAGGGGACCCCCGGGAGCUGCAGGUACAGAGGGCAGGCAAGGAGAGAAGGGUGCUAAGGGCGAGGCCGGCGCCGAGGGCCCGUCAGGCAAAACCGGACCUGUCGGCCCACAAGGACCUCCCGGGAAGCCCGGUCCCGAGGGUCUGCGCGGAAUCCCCGGACCUGUCGGAGAACAAGGCCUGCCCGGCUCUCCAGGACAGGACGGACCGCCAGGCCCCAUGGGUCCUCCCGGUCUUCCUGGUCUGAAGGGUGACCCGGGGUCGAAGGGUGAGAAGGGUCACCCGGGUCUGAUUGGUCUGAUCGGGCCCCCCGGAGAGCAAGGAGAGAAGGGAGACCGCGGUUUGCCGGGGCCCCAGGGUUCUCCUGGUAGCAAGGGCGACAGCGGUGUCGGUGGAUCUUCAGGUCCGCUCGGUCCUCCAGGACCCCCUGGUCUGCCCGGUCCUCAAGGUCCUAAAGGAACCAAGGGUUCAAGUGGUCCCGCUGGUCCUAAAGGAGACACGGGUACCGUUGGUCCCCCUGGUCCUCCUGGCCCGCCGGGCGAGGUCAUCCAGCCGCUGCCCAUCCAGUCCCCCAAGAAGACCAAGCGCUCCAGCGACGUGCAGUCCGACGCCGCCGGAACCCUCAUGGACUACGGCGAGGGCAUGGAGGACAUCUUCGGCUCGCUCAACAACCUCAAGCAGGACAUCGAACGCAUGAAAUACCCCAUGGGCACGCAGAACAACCCGGCCAGGACCUGCAAAGACCUGCAGCUCUGCCACCCCGAGUUCCCUGACGGCGAGUACUGGAUCGAUCCCAACCAGGGCUGCUCGGGGGAUUCUUUCAAAGUCUACUGUAACUUCACCGCUGGGGGUGAAACCUGCAUCUACCCAGAUAAGAAGUCCAAUGGAGUCAGAAUAUCCUCCUGGCCCAAAGAAGUGCCGGGCUCAUGGUUCAGUGAAUUCAAACGUGGUAAAAUAUUUUCCUACGUUGACGCCGAAGGAAACUCGAUCAACAUGGUUCAGAUGACCUUCCUCAGACUACUGACAGCCUCAGCCAGGCAAAACUUCACCUACAGCUGCCACCAGUCCGUGGCGUGGCACGACGCCGCCAGCGACGGCUACGACAAGGCGCUGCGCUUCCUGGGGGCCAACGACGAGGAGAUGUCGUACGACAACAACCCCUACAUCGCCGCCAUCUCCGACGGAUGCGCGACACGGAAGGGCUACGGGAAGACUGUGAUGGAGAUCAAUACUCCGAAAAUCGACCAGGUUCCAAUCGUUGACGUCAUGUUGACUGACUUUGGGGACCCGAACCAGAAGUUUGGAUUUGAAGUCGGGCCCGUCUGCUUCCUCGGCUAAAUAAAAACAAACAAGAAUCUGAAAAAAAAAAAAAAAAAAGAAAAGAAAAGAAAAAAAGGACUCGAUGGGGCCAAGCAGAGAAAGUCCAGUUAAGACGUUCUGGGUACCACCAAGCCCCGUUUUUAGCCCCCCCACCCUUUUCUAUGCCACAUGCAAGUUUUGAAUAAGAGACGGCGUAGCAACCAUGUCUGUCCAUGUAUGUACGUGUAACCCAGGAGAAUACUUGUUGCCCUUGUGGGGCUCGAACCACAUGACUAAACCACGGUGCGGAGCGGAGGCGAAGGACAUCGGAAGGCGUGGCAGAGGAGGGUGAAUCGGAGGCCAGGAGGGGGGGGUCGGGGUCGCGAAGGGGGCACGAAUCCCCUCUCUGGACCCUCCAGGUGCUGUAUGACAACAACUUCAAUGGUGCUUGUUCAAAACACACAAAAAAGUCUAAAGAGGUGCUAAGAAAGAAGGUGUAUUUUGAUAAUUAUUUAGAAAAAAAGAAACUGUAAUUAUUAUUUUGUACAAUACUGUUAUUUCUGAAUCCACUUUCAAAACUUGCAUGUGUAUCAGAUUCUGCUUUUUGGCUUUUUUUUUUAAUUUUAAUGUUGGUUCAAAGAGAUUUGCAGUGUAAGUUAAAAAAAAAAGAAAUGCAUUAUUGAAUCUAAAAAUCCCGGUGUUCCUCCAACACACACUGUGUACAUGUCAUGAAGCAAAUAAAAGUGAACGUUCAAACGAUUCUCUGUCGCUAAAUUAGACUGGAUGCCCUUUGUAUAUACUGACAGUCCAGAGCUCGAGGUUAUUUGCUGUUUUGCCCUUGUGACCAUAAAAGAAACAGCUGGAAGUAUCACAUCAGCACGAACACGGAAACAUCUCCCACUAAUGUCGUGAUCCUGUGCUGGCAGGACGCAUUCCUGGCAUUCAUUCUUCCUUUAUUUAAUUCUAUUUGUUUUGUUUUUUGUUUUUUUGUUUUUUUUUUUCUGUUCCAUUUUCUGACAGGCUUUUUUUUUUUUUGGUUGUAUACCUCAAACUUUCUUGAUAACCUUAAAGAUGCAAGGAUGCUUUGCCCUGUAUAUACCUUGGUCAAGCAAUUAAGUUUAUAUAUUUUGGGUGGGGAUUUUUUAAGAGACAAAUAUGUUAACUGUUAGACAUCCACUGUUCAAACCCUUCUGUGAAUGCAAUGAGAAGCCCGCGCAGUGACCCAUUUUUGUAACUAAAAUGAGAAAAUGUUUUAAUGUGCUUUUUAUAGUUCAUUUAAAUAUUAAAAACUGGAUUCUAAACAA